AUGCCUUCAGCAUGGCCUAGUAUGGGAGACAUUCUCAACUCACCACAAAUCAAAUUCCGCAUCGGUCAUAAAGCCAAGCCCUUCUCGGUUCACAAAGCUGCGAUGGAAUUCCUCUCCCCAAAGCUUGUGUCUCUGCAAGCUUCGGAGGAAGUCCAACCCGAUCCCACUUCAAUCACCCUCAGGGGCAUCGAUGAGACUACCUUCACCCGACUGGUCGAAUACGCCUAUCGUCACGAUUACACUGUGCCAGUUCUCAAAGCCAGCCCCCAUCCCUCCAACCAUUCCAGCGUUUCGCUCUCGCUCUACGAGAAGCUUGAGCAGGGAGAUGAGUUCCCAGACACCGAGCCCUUCAUCACCCGAGCUCGCAUCAAGUUCCACAACGAGGCGAUGAAGCCCCACGCCGAUCUCAACAAUGCCGUCUCCCAUGAUACUGUCGAGGAGAUGAAAGUCUCUGGUCGCUGCAGUCACUUUGACGUCCUCGAUGCCCACAUUGCUCUCUACAACCUGGCACGCCAAUACGACAUCCACCCAUUGAAGAGUCUCUGCGAAAAGCGCUUCCGCCAAAGCUUGCUCUUUAUGCACCAUAAUGAGCACACCAUCAUUGCUCUAUCCGACAUCUUGGAUUGCGUUGAGCACGGCGCCCUUAGCGCUCCUGGCAAUGAAAUCCGAGACAUUCUUCUGGAUUACUUCCUUGCCAAUUUCUACAGAGCGGCAGCACAGCGAGACUGUACCUGA